GAGAGUUGACCGGAUUCGCCCGUGACGUCACACUGCUAGUGUAUGUGCAUCGUGCCCACGCUGAGGCUAUGUUGAGAGUCGUGAUGUCGGAGGAGGUUGGGAAGAAAUUGCAGGCGGUGGUGGACCGGGUGAAUCAAGCAGUUUCCCGACGCCCGAAGACGUUACCAUGUAUUGCCCCUCGACUGGUUGCGGUUAGUAAGACCAAACCUCCAGAGAUGGUGGUGGAGGCUUACAAACACGGACAACGAAACUUUGGAGAGAAUUAUGUAAAUGAACUUGUUGAGAAAGCGUCCCAUCCUCUGGUAGAGUCAUCAUGUCCUGAAAUAAAAUGGCAUUUCAUUGGUCAUCUGCAAAAGAAUAAUGUCAACAAACUCCUGGGUGUCCCAAACCUGUAUAUGGUAGAGACGAUAGACUCUGUGAAACUGGCUGAGAAAGUCAACAGCUCGUGGCAAAAAAUGAGAGCUGCCAACACACAGCAGUUAAAGAUUAUGGUUCAGAUCAACACCAGCGGAGAGGGAAGUAAACAUGGCCUGCCACCCGAUGAGACUGUAAACGUGGUAAAACACAUCGUGUCUGAGUGUUCUGCUCUUGACUUCGCUGGACUCAUGACGAUUGGUCGGUACGGUUAUGACCUCAACGAUGGCCCCAACCCUGAUUUCCAGAUGCUGUUGAAACACCGUGAGGAAGUCUGUGAAAGUCUGAAGAUCCCAGUAGAGCAGGUUGAGCUCAGUAUGGGCAUGUCUACUGACUUUGAGCAUGCGAUUGAGGUCGGCUCCACCAACAUACGUGUCGGCAGCACUAUUUUCGGCACCCGAGAAUACCCCAACACCCCGAGCCCCAGUCCGGAGAGAAAGCCAAAGGUCGUAUGUGAGGAAGCAGCCAAAAAAAUGGACCGGCUCACGGUCACAGAAAAAUGAAUGAUGGGGGGUGGGGAAGGUUUCUGAACUAAACGUGGGAACUCUUGGGCUUGAACCCAAUGACUGAGCUCACCAUUCACCAGUCAAGGGCCUUUAAUAAGUCUUAACUAAUGCUGCUGACCUGGUCUUCUCUGGUGAAAGAACUUGGGAAAAAAAAAAAAAAA